CGCACAUCCGAGCAAGGAAACUGCGGCUGAAACUCUUUCAGCCGUCGCUUCCAACGGAGGAGGAGAGUGGGUUCUUCUUCAAAAAAGCAUCGGAGUCUCGGCAAUGCACAUGCAGCUUCUCAAGAACAACAGAGUCAUCAUCUUCGACCGCACCAACAUCGGCCCUUCCAACCUCACACUCCCCGAGGACAAAAAGUACUGCCUCAACUACACCAUCCACAACAAACCCGAGCUCCUUAUAGACUGCACCGCGCACUCCGUCUCCUACGACGUCGCUUCCAACACUUUCCGCCCCCUCGUCGUCAUCACCGACCCGUGGUGCUCCUCCGGCUCCGUGGACCCUACCGGAACCCUAAUCCAGACCGGAGGCUACGGCACCGGCAGCCGCGCCGUCCGCACGGUCCCGCCCUGCGACGACGACACUUGUGACUGGACGGAACAUCAGCAAGACAGCCUCGCGGAGAACAGGUGGUACGCCUCGUCGCAAAUCCUCCCCGACGGACGCGUCAUCGUCGUCGGAGGCCGAAAAGCUUUCACGUACGAGUUCUAUCCCAAAACAAACGACAGGUCGUCGGAUAAAUAUUACCUAAAAUUUUUGGUAGAGACGUAUGAUCAGAGAGAGGAGAACAAUCUCUAUCCAUUUUUGCAUCUCUUGCCUGACGGGAACCUCUUCUUGUUUGCAAACAACCGGUCGAUUUUAUUGGACUACGCCAACAACAGGGUCAUUAAGGAGUUUCCGGUCAUGCCCGGCGGCGUCAAGAGGAACUACCCGAGCACCGGGUCGUCGGUGCUCCUCCCGCUCAAAAUAAACGGGUUGGGUUUACCCGAAGCCGAGGUGUUGAUAUGCGGCGGAGCGGAGCUUGGUGCGUUUUCAUUGACAGAUGGAAAGUCGGACAAAAAGAAAGUGUUCAAGGGAGCCUCUAGCACUUGUGGUAGGAUCAAAGUGACGGACCCGGAUCCCAAAUGGGCCAUGGAGACGCUGCCCAUGCCACGUGUCAUGCCGGACAUGCUGUUGUUACCGACGGGUGACGUGAUCAUCAUCAACGGCGCGUCGAAUGGGACUGCGGGCUGGGAAGAUGCGACAAACCCGGUUUUGAACCCGGUUCUUUACAAGACCUACGAGAACAAACCGGAAUCUCGGUUCACUGUACUCACGCCCUCUGAAAUUCCGAGAAUGUACCACUCCUCGGCCGUGCUUUUGCCAGAUGGCAGGAUAUUAGUGGGCGGAAGUAACACUCACGAAAGGUACAGUUUCAGACGAACAUUCCCUACUGACCUCAGCUUGGAGGCUUAUAUUCCGCCGUAUCUGGGCCACACCUUCCAUACCCUCCGUCCUACAAUCCUGUCCGUUGAAUCGAGGACUAAGACUGUAUCGUACGGUCAAAAUUUCAGGGUUAAGUUUCGGUUAGAUGUGCGUACAGAUGAUUCUUCCAAGUUUUCAUUGGUCAUUGUAACGCCGUCGUUUACGACGCACUCGUUUGCUAUGAAUCAGAGGAUGGUGGUUUUGGAGAUUGUUAGGUUGAAGCAUUUAAACAGUAGAUAUAGAAAGCCGUCGGAUAAGUAUGAUUACAUGAUUGUGGCCCGCGGCCCACCGAAGAACACGGUGGCGCCGCCGGGUUACUAUAUGCUUUUCCUUGUUCAUGCUGGAAUUCCUGGCCAGGCUACUUGGGUGAAGGUGGAGUAAAUUAAUGUCUCACUUACUGCUACAUGGUUGUUCUGCAGAUACAUAUUCCUUGAUAAAAUUGAUAAAUAUGGUUUUUGGUUGGAUUCGCUUGUAAUAUGUAGAUCU